AUGUAUAAAACAAAAGCAGAUGUUUGGUUAUGGGAUGCUAUUCUCAAUCAUAUGACUUACAUGAUAUCACCUGAUUAUAAUCCUCCAAGUGAUCGUCCUUCUGCUAAUCAACAUCCAACACGUGAUCUGUAUCUUCUUAAUGUGCCUCAUCGUACGCUUAUUAUUAAUUUAAUCCCAAGUAAUUCAUCAAGUAAUUCUUCAUGUCCAUUAUCACCUGUCAAAUGGUGUUUAAAUGAAAUGGGUAGUUCUCCAUUUUGUAUUCGAAGUCCUACACUUAUUCCAACAUGUCUUUUGGCUUUAUUAAUCGGUGUUUAUUGUUCUAAAAAUAUUUCUAAACUACCUGAAAAAUUUGAAACGCGAUGGCUUUAUCAAUUAACAUUUUUUCUCUUUGGUAUAAUGAUGACAUCAGCUGGUAUAUUACAUUGUUUUUUGGGUGAUCCACAAAGAUUGUCACUUACUCUUCGAAAUAAUGGCGUCGAUUCACUUCUAGUUAUACAAAUACUUUUUGCAAUAAUUGAUGCUGGCUUAACGACAAGUGUUGCUGUGAGUUUUCUCUUUUGUGGUUUAUGUGAUAUUAAUUUUUUAGAUCCAAAAUCAAAUGCUACACGUUUUCUACUCAUCGGUUCAUAUUUCAUUGUUUUUGUUUUAUGGACUUUGGGAGUAUUUAGGCAAUGGUCUUGGACAUUUCAUGUUCUUUACCUUGGAGUCAUAUCAGUUAGUUGUUUUAUUUAUCUACUGACACAAUUAUGGAUUAAAUCGAAUCGUCGUGCUUUACCUUCUCUACUUGUUGGUGGACUCUAUGGAGCUAUUGGUUUAUUUGCAGCAUCGUUUGCUGCUAACCGUAUUUGUAAAUCGGAAGGUCCAUUUUGGUCACAAUAUAUUGGACCCGAAUUUCUCUGGUUUCUAUUUUCAGAUAUUAGUAUGGCAUUUAUAUUCAUAUACGUAAUACAAGCUCACCGAGAAAAUAAAGUCACUAUUCAUAAAUGUGAUGUUGACAUUGACGUUGAAGAAAAUCCUGAAAAAUACUAA